AUGGUGGUGGCCAACCCGCUCCUGCCCAGCAAGAAGCCCGUCCUGUCCUGCACCGGCUGCUACGAGCGCCGCAAGGGUUGCGCGGCGGCCUCGGUGCUUCCCUUGGGCUGCGCAAGCUGGGAGCAGCGCGACUGCUGGGGUGAGCGCCCCCUGGACCAGCUCUCGGGCAAGCAACGGACGCUGGCCCUGCGCAACCAUACCGCCGGCGCGGCGGCCGUCCGCGAGGACGACGGCGGCGGCGUUCCGCUACCCUUCGCUCUCGACCUGCUGGCGGCGUACUACGCCCAAGGACGUGUCGAGGACGCGAUCCUCCGUCUUGCCGACGGCCUGCCGAGGGGGCAGCUGCCGGUGCGCCUGCCGCAGGGCAUGGCGCAGGACAUUUGCAUGAGCAUCGUCGAGGAGAGCGAUGCUCAGGUGGCGGCGGCUGCGGAGCGCGAGGGUGGGAUGGUGGCGACCGAGCCGGAAGCGGGUCCCUCGAGGCCCAGGACCCGCGCAUCGCAGGUGCCGGUGGCGGAGGAGGUGGACGACCACGAGGACGACCUGUACCUGGAGGAGUAG